AUGUCCCAUUCCCAACAAACGGAGCUGCCGCAUCAAGCAGUAGCAGACCUCGAACCAGGCUACGUGUCAAACAAUACGAGCCAAGGUCCACUAGCUACCGAGGACUCAGACAAAGAGAAAAACAUCGACAACGAGGGUUCAGCACUCCCUCAACUGUCACAUCGACCGCCCACGACCGAAGAUGGAUAUGAGAACCAAUAUCACAUUGAGGAUAAGCCCGAUGAAGAUGUUCAGGAGGGUGUAAGGGAAGCUGAAGCUCUUACUCUUACGUGGACGAAGAAGUGGUUGGUCGCUGCCUAUAUCUUGAUGUUCCUCAUCUAUAUGGUUCGAGCUUUCGAGGGGUCGAUCACCGGCAAUCUUGGUCCUUAUAUCGUUUCAGGUUUCGAAGCACAUUCCCUUAUUCCCAUCAUCUCCAUUGUAUCAUCUAUCAUGGGAGCCGUUACCUAUCUUACCGUCGCUCGAGCUGUCAACGUGUUCGGAAGAUUGAAGGGAUUUGUCGUAUUAGUCGGACUCGCUACGAUCGGUUUGAUUCUCAGUGCUACUUGUACCAAUAUUGCUACCUACUGUGCCGCUCAGGUCUUCUACGCAGUCGGUUUCGCUGGUAUGAUUUUCUGUAUCGACAUCAUCACUGCCGAUACCUCGUCACUCAAGGAUAGAGGUCUUGCAUACGCUUUCACAUCGUCGCCAUACAUCAUCACUGCUUUCGCUGGACCCAAGGCAUCAGAAGGGUUCUACCAAUCCAAUUGGAGGUGGGGUUACGGCGCUUUCGCCAUCAUCCUGCCCGCCGUUGCGACUCCUUUGUGUUUGAUCAUGUUCUUCAACAAACAAAAGGCCAAGAAGAAUGGAUUACUCCAACCUAGAAAGGUUUCCGACAGGAGCGUCGUUCAAUCGAUAUGGUAUUAUGCUGUUCAAUUUGACAUUUUUGGUAUAUUCCUCGUCGCUGGGGGUCUCACUCUGUUUCUCCUGCCCUUCUCAAUCGUGGCCACUUAUGCGGACUCUUGGAAGACCCCAAGUAUCAUCGCGAUGAUCAUCAUCGGUGGUGUGAUGCUCAUCUCCUUCGCCUUCUACGAACGAUAUCUCGCACCCGUGCCCUUUAUCCCUUGGAACCUCUUGGUAUCAAGAACAGUUCUUGGUGUUUGCGUCUUCGACUUCGUAUACAUCAUCGCCAAUGGAUGCUGGUCAAGUUACUACACCUCUUACCUCCAAGUCGUUUAUGGCGUUUCGAUCUCUGUCGCCGGUUAUAUCGACAAUGCCGCCAAUGUUGUCAACGGUGUAUGGUUAAUCGUCGUCGGUAUUCUCAUCAGAAAGACUGGAUAUUACAAAUGGCUCAUGUGGCCAUGUGUCUUGGUCUACAUCCUAUUCACCGGCUUACUUAUUUACUUCCGAAAUCCCGACCAGUCGGUCGGCUUCAACGUCAUGUGUCAAAUUUUCCUUGCUCUCGCUGGUGGUACUCUCGUCAUUAUCAUGCAAGUUGCCGUCCUUGCUGCUGGAAACCACAACGACUCGGCCGCGCUUCUUGCUAUCCUCAGUACAUUCGGUAACGUCGGUGGGGCAGUGGGUAACUCAAUCUCUGGGGCUAUCUGGACUCACACACUCCCUGAGGCAUUGGCUUCUCGACUUCCCGCUGAGACGAUCGAUCUCCUGAACGAGAUUUACGAAAGUCUCGAUAUCCAACUGUCAUACCCUAUGGGUGAUCCGACUCGUACCGCCAUCAUAGCAGCUUACGGUGUAGGUCAAAAACGAAUGCUGAUCGCUGGUACUGCCAUCAUGGUUAUUUGUCUCAUUUGUAUCCUGUUCAUCAAGAAUAUCAAGGUGUCGGAGAUUAAGCAAGUCAAGGGUAUGCUUUUCUAA